AUGACGCACUUCAUUACCUGGAACGAAUUCUUCCAGAUAUUGGUUUUGCUGGAUAUCACCAUACUUUCCCAUUUCGAUGUUCCACAUCGUAGCCUGAAAAUCCCUGAUUUCCUCAGUCUUUACAUUGUGGCUGUUCUUCGGUCAGACUUCUAUGAAAACAUGAAACCGUCUUCACAGCUUGAAUCCGGCAUUUUGUAUUUUGAAUGCACAUCAGUUGCUGUUUUCUUUAUUAUUCGAUUACAGAUGAAUAAUAUCAUUGAAGCUCGCAAGCGCUUAAGACAGAAGCAAAAAGAUCUAGUUGUAAGAAACAUGAAUGAUGAUGUAAAGUUUUUCGAGCAAGAAGAAGAACGGAUUCGUAUAGAUGAAUUGCGUAAUGAUGUUGAAGAGCAUCAUCGUCCGAGAGUGAAAGUUCUCAAUGAACAGUUCAUAAUUCUCAUACAAGACAUACUAAAAGUUUUAACAUCUUCACAGCAGCAACAUUUCGCCGAACUUGCGCUUCAACUUGAUUUUACUAAUUUCUAUCAGCCUCUUUGA